AUGACCCAUGGCGGCCCCGAGUCGCCACGCUCACCCCCAGGCGGACCCCGAGGCAGUGCCGGGGAGGCCGGAGUGAAGUGCGCGGGAGCGGGCAAGGAUCUCUGCAGGCUCCGACACCGGCCCCCCACAGGGGCCAGCGGGCACCAGCAAGGCCCGGACCCCAGCGGCCUCCCGCCAGAGGUGGCGCCUGAACCCGGAGAGCUCCUGGAGCGCCCCAGCCGCCCGCACACCCUGGAGCACGGCCGGACGGUGGACUCGGCCUGGAGCCCCGCGGUGCCCCGGCUCGCGCGCCCGGGGGGGCCCGAGCCCCAGUGUGCAGACGCGGGAAGCCCGAGGCCCAGCGCACAGGGGGCCGCUGCCCUGCCGGCCUCCGCUUGGGGAGGAGGCGCGCUCCCUCUGCGCACGGACGCAGGAGUCACCCCGAGGAGCCCGAGACGGUCCCAGCGCAGGAAGCGGGAGCAGAGCCCUGUUCCCCCAGAGCUGCCGGGGGGGGCCGCGGCCCCUGGCACCAAUGGCCUCCGCAAGGGACAGCCCCUGUGCAGCCCUGCCCCGCCGCCAGGCUCGGGGCCCCCCAUCCCGCCGGCGCUGUGGGCCCACGUGUGCGGAGACUGUCAGAGGCGGUUCCGGUGCAGGGCCCACCUGACGGCCCACCAGCGCUCCCACGCGGGCCCCCCACGCUCGGGCUCCGGGCCAAGCGCCCAGGGCCCCUCGGAGAUGAAGGCGGCAGCCCAGAGUCCGCGCCUGCCCGGCUGGGAGGCGACCCCCAGGGACCUCACCGAUCCGUGCCCCUUGGGUCGUCCCCAAAGGGCGCUCACGAGGGGGUCGGCGCCCCAGCUAGAGGGAACCCGCAGCCCCCCACCAGGCAUCAAGCUGUACGUGUGCGAGGACUGUGGCCACGUGUUCCGGAAGCCAUUUUCGCUGAAGCGCCACAAGCGGACUCACCUGCCGGCGGCCGCCCACAGCCCGCGCCAGGGCCCGGCUCCAGCCCCUCCGGGCCCGUGA